CUCACCAAAAGCUUUUGAGCAAAAAAGAAAGGCGACGAAGAACACAAUCGGAGACGGGAUGCACGGAACACCAGAAGAAGAGACGGUGCAGAGGAUCGGUUGCGUAUCCGUGGACCCAUCCGGGUUAAUGGAAGUACUCGACAUUUACUUUCCUGAACAGCUCUUCACCGUCGAGAAAACCUGGAACAAUCUCGCUUCCUCUCUUUUUUCCUUCUUUUCUUCAACGGUGGGACAAAACCUUGUUUCUCAGGUGAAAAGUGGUUGUGGAAACAAUACCUUGUCGCUUGACUUUCAGCAGUUCCAACAGAUUUAUCAUGACGAGGAAUUUUAUAAAAUGUUAGAGGAGAAACCUAAAAUUGCUCUCACAUGCAUGAAUGCUGCUGUACAUAAGGUUUUGCUUUCCAAUUGGGAGAAUCACAAUCUGGAGCUUGGUGCAAAGGUUGAUGUUCGUCUUCAUAACUGUCCUAAAACUAUGAUUGCGCUGAAGAACUUAAAAGCAGCUUACAUUGACAAACUGGUCUCAGUUCAUGGUACUGCUGUGAAAGUCAGCGCUGUCAGGCCGCUGGUGGUGCAAAUGUUUUUUGAAUGCUGUAAAUGUAGACAAACAAUUUCACGUAUAUUUCCUGAUGGAAAGUACUCUCCACCAUCAACUUGCAAUUUAAACGGCUGCAAGAGCAAAAUCUUUAAUCCGUUGCGGUCUACUGCUCAAACUAUUGAUUUUCAAAAAAUAAGAGUUCAAGAGUUAUUAAAACAUGAAGACCAUGAAGAAGGACGGGUGCCUCGAACAGUGGAAUGCGAGCUUAGCCAAGACCUUGUUGAUGCAUGCAUACCUGGAGAUGUGGUUACUGUUACUGGAAUUAUAAGAGGAAUUAACAAUUACAUGGAUAUUGGAGGAGGGAAGUCAAAGAACAGAAACCAAGGAUUUUACUAUCUGUAUCUUGAAGCUGUAUCCAUAAAAAAUUCAAAGUCACAGUUUACAUCUCAGGAUCUGCAGGACUCUAAUGCCAAAACUAGGCCAGCUGAGCUGUUUGAUUUGUUUUCAUUUUCUUCAAAGGAUUUGGAAUUUGUUGCAAAGUUUAAAGGGGAACACGGUUCAGAUUUAUUUCGCCAAAUCCUUCAAUCUAUAUGCCCAUCCAUCUAUGGGCAUGAGCUUGUUAAAGCUGGGAUAACUCUGUCAUUAUUUGGUGGUGUGCGGAAGCAUUCUAUGGAUCAGAACAAGGUUCCUGUGAGGGGAGAUAUUCAUGUCAUAAUUGUUGGUGAUCCUGGUCUAGGUAAGAGCCAGUUGCUACAAGCUGCUGCAGCAGUUUCUCCGCGUGGCAUAUAUGUCUGUGGUAAUGCCACAACAAAAGCUGGCCUCACAGUAGCUGUAGUGAAGGAUCCUAUGACAAGUGACUAUGCUUUUGAAGCAGGUGCUAUGGUUCUGGCUGACAGUGGAUUGUGCUGUAUUGAUGAGUUUGAUAAAAUGUCUUCUGAGCAUCAGGCUUUACUGGAGGCGAUGGAGCAACAGUGUGUAUCUAUCGCGAAAGCGGGAUUAGUAGCAAGUUUAUCAUCCAGGACUUCUGUCUUAGCUGCUGCAAAUCCUGCUGGUGGCCAUUAUAACCGAGCAAAAACUGUAAAUGAAAAUUUGAAAAUGAGUGCUGCUCUCCUGUCUCGUUUUGAUUUAAUUUUCAUACUGCUGGACAAACCCGAUGAACUUCUGGACAAGCGACUCUCGGACCACAUUAUGGCACUUCAUGGUGGAAAUGGACAACUUUCACCAGCACUGAAAAAGCGACGUGGAGAUACAUCUGAUUCCAGAGCUACUGUAUCACAUAAUGCGGAACCUGUAGGAGAUUUGGAUGUUAGAUCUAGAUCUGGAUCUUUAAUUUCAAGAUUGAGACUUGACCCACUAAGAGACGGUGAUUUUAUUCCAUUACCUGGUCAACUUCUUCGCAAAUACAUUGCUUAUGCGAGGAGUUAUGUCUUUCCCAGGAUGACAAAGUCAGCUGCAGAAAUUUUGCAAAAGUUUUACCUAAAACUGAGGGAUCAUAAUACUUCGGCUGACGGUACUCCUAUAACUGCUAGGCAGCUGGAAAGUCUAGUAAGGCUAGCCGAAGCUCGGGCUCGGCUGGACUUGAGAAUAGAAAUAACGGACCAGGAUGCAACGGAUGUUGUUGAAAUCAUGAAAGAAUCCCUGUAUGAUAAAUAUGUUGAUGAGCAUGGAAUCGUGGAUUUUGGUCGAAGUAGUGGGAUGAGUCAACAGAAAGAGGCAAAACGCUUUCUAAAUGCACUCAUUAAGCAAUCGGAAUUGGAACAGAAGGAUUGCUUUUCAGUAUCUGAACUAUACAGCCUUGCAGAUAGGAUUUCCUUGAAAGUACCUGAUAUUGACACUUUAAUCGAAAACUUAAACAGUGCUAAUUGUCUACUCAAAAAAGGACCAAAGACAUACCAGGUAUUAUCCUCUUCUUAUGCACGAAGCCAAGCGUUUAAGACAAGGGGUUAAAUUGAAGGAGCCAUGUUCAUAGGAUUAUGUGUUACUAAUAUUUGUAAAUAUGACAUGUGAUGUACGGGGGCGGUAACUUAUAUCCUGUGGUGUACAAAGUGCAAGAUUGCGUAAUAAUGCUACCAUUCCAUCA